AUGAAAAAGCAGCUUCCUUUGGAGACCUUAGAAGUGUGUGAAGCAGCAAUGGGACUUGUCAAAAGAGCACUGACAAGACUAACAGAUACGCAUGCAGAGACUAUUAAAUGGCUGUUUUACCCUAAAAUAAUUGAGUAUUCUAAGCAGCUGUCUAAAGUCCUUUGUACGUUCAAAGGAAUAGCUUCACCUUUAAAAGUUCCGUAUACAGACCAUAGAAAAUUAAAAUAUUAA